UACUGGAAUUAAUGUGAAUUAUAUUGUAAAUGCUGAUUUGGAUGUCUAUUCUGAAUCUGCUCUUGGGUCUCUUCAAGAGAUGCAUGUAUAAGAAAAAAAAUUACUAUUGAUUUUUUUGCCUGUAUUUACAAUGAUUGUCUGGAAGAAUGAAUCUGUGGCAAAUUGGCUGCUACAACUGGUUCUGCUUGAGACCGCCUGGAAAAUGGGGAGCGGGCAGCUCCAUUAUUCUGUGCUGGAGGAAUCCCAGCACGGCACUUUUGUGGGCCGCAUCGCCCAGGAUCUGGGGUUGGAGGUGAGUGAGCUGGUGCCUCGGAUGUUCCGGAUGCUGCCCAAAGGAGAGAAGGACUAUUUUGAGGUAAACCUGCAGAAUGGGAUCUUGUUUGUAAAUUCCCGGAUAGACAGGGAGGAGCUGUGUGCCAAGACUGCAGACUGUGUCCUUCAUCUGGAGGUGAUUGUGGAGAAACCUCUGAGAUUGUUUUAUGUGGAGGUUGAAAUAAAAGACAUUAAUGACAAUGCUCCCGUCUUCUCAGCAAGGGAACAGAUCCUGAGCAUAGCAGAAUUGAUAACAGCAUCUGGUGCCCAGUUCCCCUUAGAAGGCGCCUCUGAUGCAGAUAUUGGUACUAAUGCUCUGCUAACCUACAAGCUCAGCCUCAAUGAAUAUUUCAUUGUAGAACAGAAAACAGAUGAGAAAUUCAACAAACCUUUAGCAAUUGUUUUAAAGAAGCCACUGGACAGGGAGGAGAGCCCUGUGCAUCAUUUAGUACUGACAGCCACUGAUGGGGGUGAACCAAAACUCACAGGAACUGUUCAGCUGGUCAUCAAUGUGCUGGAUGUUAAUGACAACCCUCCUGUGUUUAAUCCAUCAAUUUACAAGGUAAAAUUGUUAGAAAAUGCAGCAGUUGGAACACUAGUUAUUAAAGUGAAUGCCACAGAUUUAGAUGAGGGAAUGAAUAAGGAAAUUUAUUAUUCUUUUACUAAUCAUGUACCAUUAAAUUUUCAGAAAAUUUUUAGCAUAAAUUCUAAUACAGGGGAAGUAAUUGUAGAAGGAGGGGUUGAUUUUGAAGACCUUGCUACAUAUGAUCUUCAGAUUGAGGCAGAAGAUAAAGGGUUCCCCCCUUUGUCAGGGCAUUGUCAGCUGAUAAUUGAAGUUCUGGAUAUAAAUGACAAUGAACCGGAGUUGUUCAUCUCAUCACUCUUAGUGCCAGUGCUAGAGGACUCACCACUGGGGACAGUAGUAGCCCUAAUCAGUGUUGCAGAUAGGGACUCAGGGGACAAUGGACAAAUACAUUGCUUACUCUGGCCUCCUAGUGUACCCUUCCAACUUGUAUCCAAUUUCAAGAACUAUUAUUCUUUAGUAGUGGCUGAGUCCCUUGAUCGGGAACAAGUUGCUGAGUAUCAGUUGAUGGUGAAAACAGAAGAUCAAGGAAUCCCAUCAUUAUCAGCCAGUAGUAUCUUGAUAUUACCAAUCAGUGACAUAAAUGAUAAUGCUCCAGCCUUCACACAGCCCUCCUACACAGUCUUUGUGAAGGAGAACAAUCCCCCUGGUGCUCACAUCUUCACAGUAUCUGCCUUGGAUCCAGACGUAGCUGAGAAUGCCCUGAUCACCUAUUGGAUAGACGAGAAGCUGUGGCCAUUAUCAAGCUACAUCUCUGUACAUUCAGAGAGUGGAAAGCUCUAUGCUCUGCAGUCCUUGGACUAUGAGGAGUUGAAACUGCUGGAGUUCCAGGUGAGAGCCAAGGAUGCUGGAAUGCCCUCCUUGUGUGGCAAUGCGACUGUUCAAGUCUUUGUGCUGGACGAGAACGACAACGCACCUGCCGUGACAGGAUCAUCAGAAGAGAACCUGAUUCUUCUAGUGGUCCCCGUGAUGCCUGGGCAUAUUGUAGGCAAGAUCCAUGCCUUGGAUGCGGAUUCUGGAUACAAUGCGUGGCUCAGGUACGAACUGCUUGAAGAAAGCAGUGGCCCAUGGUCUGUGGGCCAGUAUAGUGGUGAGGUGAGUACCAAAUAUCCUCUGGAUGAGUCAGAAGGAGGCAAAAUUCAGAGUGUUCUGGUUCUUAUGAAAGACCAUGGGAAGCCUCAGCUCUCAGCCACAGCCACCCUGAGUGUGUCACUGGUGACAAGUGGUCAGACAAUCAAAACCGAUAUUAACCUUCGAAGGUCAGGGGAGAGCUUUGUGCCCCUGGUGGACUCGAUCAACAUCUAUCUGAUCAUUGCCAUCUGCUCUGUUUCCAGCCUCUUCUUGCUGGCCACUCUCAUCUAUGUGGCCCUGCGAUGCCACUGCAAGGCAAAGGAAUCCAUGGUUUAUGGCCCUGGCAUGGCCACCCUGGUCUGUGCCAGUGAAGUGGGCAGCUGGUCCUAUUCCAAUCGCCACAGCCACAUCCUGGCAGGUGUGAGUGCAGAGGCUGGUGCCAAGAGUGACCUUAUGAUUUUCAGUCCCAACAUUCCUGUUUUUUCAAAUAAUGGGGAACUUAGGAAUGGGACAGAAUCACCCUCAGAUUCAGCUAAAGAGCUUUGGAUUUUCUUUUCCUACAUAGUAACAUCAACAACUAAAGAUCUUGAAGACUUUAAUCUAGUAACAUUAGAAUGCCAUUAAUGCUCUGGAAAAUUCUCUGCUUUUUAUUAGUAACAUGUUGACUGCCAUCUAACUUGAGUGGGACUAUCAGCUGACUCAAUAUCAUCAGUUCCUUUAUAAUUUCUAUGCAUGAGAUUUUCUUGGUAAAAAACAGGAGAGGUUUACCAUUGCCUUCUUCUGAAAUUAUGCUUUUGAAAUUGUUACUAAAGUGAACUUGUGCCUACAGCAUCUUCCUAUAUCACUGCUGCCCCAUAUAGAUGCCUGCUUGGUUUAGUUGGGCAGCUGGGAUAAUCUUCAAACUUUGGGUGACCCUGUUUGACUUAUAUAGCCUUGGCAUACACUUCUGGAAUUCUUCAGUCAUCCUUCUCAACAAUACCUCCCACCAUUCCUCUUAGGUCAGCACAGCAAGAUGAUCGAUCAAUAGAAAUACAGUUUCCAAAUUAUAGAAUGGAAGUACGGAUUGCACUCUAAUAUACAUAGGCUAAACCUCAUGUAAAGUGCUUUUCUUUUGGGCCGAACACUUGUGUGUUUGUGACAAAUUGGGAAAUAUGCAAAUAGAGCAAUGAAGAUUAUCAGAAGCUGGACAGAAAGUUAUAUGAACAAAAGAAAGUAGAUAAGUCAACCUUGAGGAAAGAAGACUGGAUUGAAGGAAAAUAGACUAUUCAAGAAGCUGAAAAGAUGUGAUACAGAAGAAGGUGCGUGUCCCUUCCUCACCACUCCAUGUGUAUCCCUCCCAAAGGUGCAUGCUCAGUGGAAGAGGACAACCAUCCCAGAUAAGAAGACUAUACUGAUCUUCAUCAAGGGCAUCAUAGUUGCUCUCCUUUGCUGGUACCGCCAAACAAGCUCAAGGUCCAAAGUUUGUUAGAGUCAUAUGGAUUACUAGAUACUUUGUGCCAUAUGAUUGAAUUAUUCUGGCAAGAUAGAAGGGGAUUCCUACAGUUAGAUAAGUAUUAACAACAAAAGGUUUAUCUCCAAUGGAAGUCUCAGACAGAUUUUGGUUAAGAACUGCCACAUCCUGACCAAGAAAUAGAAAGAUGUUCAAAUUUAACAGCAUUUUCUUCUACUUUUGC